AAAAUAUUUAGAGAGAGCCCCAAAAAUAAAACUAAUAUCAAAUUUCAUAUUCCAGCCCCAAAGUUUUCAUUCAGAUCUAUUUCACCCUCGUUUCUGUACAAUCUCUCCUCGAUUUGCCUUUUCCCUCGUUCUUUCCAAUUUCGACUCGAUUAACAACGAGGGUUUGUUUUUAAUCCCUAUCUGUUACUCUUUUUCUUUUGUUUUUCCAAUCUGAAUUUCAUGGCAGCCAUAGAUACGUUCAAUAGCAGCACAGAUCUCUCAGAUCCUUUCAAAGAAGAGCUCAUGGAAGUACUUAAACCUUUUACCAACACUGUUUCUUCUCUUGCUCCGAUUUCAAACACGAUCUUCGGUUACAAUCAAACCACACCUCUCGGUCUAAACCAGCUCACACCUUACCAAAUCCACCAGAUCCAAAACCAGCUUAACCAGAGACGCAACAGCAACAUCUCAAAUCUCUCUCCAAAGCCAGUCCCAAUGAAGAACAUGGCCACUCAGAAACUCUACAGAGGAGUUAGACAAAGGCACUGGGGGAAAUGGGUUGCUGAGAUACGUUUACCCAAGAACCGGACCCGACUCUGGCUUGGAACUUUCGACACAGCUGAAGAAGCAGCCAUGGCUUAUGAUCAAGCUGCUUACAAGCUUAGAGGCGAACUAGCGAGGCUUAAUUUCCCACACAUCAGUCACGAGUAUGGAUAUGGAGGUGGUGAUAGCAGCUUCAAGCCUCUUCAUCCCUCUGUGGAGGCAAAGCUCGAAGCGAUUUGUCAGAGCUUGAGAAAAACAGAGGAUGAUGAUCUCCCCUGUUCUGAAACAGAGCUUUUCCUGCCGAAAACAGAGUAUCAAGAAAGUGAAUUUGGGUUUUUGAGAUCUGAUGAGAAAUCUUUUUCGGAUGAGUCUCAGGUGGGAUCUUCGUCACCGGAAUCUGGUAUUACUACUACAUUCUUCGACUUUUCGGAUUCUGGGUUUGAUGAGAUUGGGAGUUUCGGGCUGGAGAAGUUUCCUUCUCUGGAGAUUGAUUGGGAUGCGAUUAGCAAAUUGUCCGAAUCUUAAACCAAGAAAAAAGAAGAAGACUUUUUCUACUUUUCUUUUAUGGAAUCUGUCUUCAUAUUCAGUGUCUGAUGAUGUUUACAUUAUUAGUUAGUUAAUCUCUGCAACUGAAAUUUUUAACAGUUGGAGAGAACCGUUUACGCUUUGUUUCUGUUGAAAUCUUCCUCCAUGUUUUGGUCUGGCUGGUUUCUGUUUUUUUUUCUUUCAGAAACCUUAUCAUUGACCAAUUGGAGAAAUUUCAGAAACCUUAUCAUCUAGUAUAAGUUUCUAAUGAAUGUAAACUGUUCGUCUUUUUCCUGUAACAAAGUAAUGUAAAUUGUUGUUAGUCUUUCUUAUUUUACGAUAUUAUGUUCCGGUUUCUUU